AUGGAAUGCAGUGAGCCCUUAGCCCUGCACUCUGAAGGUGAUAUUGUGAUUGGAGGAUUUUUCCCUCUGCAUUAUGUUGCACCAAAACCACAGCAAAGCUACAACAGCCAACCCCAAAUUCCACCUUGCAGCGGCUUUCAUGAAAGACCCUUUCGAUGGAUGAUGACAAUGGUGUUUGCAGUGGAGGAAAUUAACCGUAAUUCAAGUCUGUUACCAGGUGUUAAACUAGGCUACAGGAUUAUGGACAGCUGCAACCAUAUCCAUAAUAGCCUGCAGGCUCUGUAUUCUUUGCUCACUCACUCUGAAGCUGUUAGCAAGAUAAAGGCAAGACAAUCUUCCACAUGUCUGUAUUAUUCUCCUGUGCCUGCUGUGAUUGGUCUUGCAUCCUCGUCCCCUACAAGAGCUGUAGCUCACACACUUGGACCUUUCAAUAUACCACUGGUGAGUUAUUUUGCCACUUGUACCUGUCUUACUGAUAAGCAUUUGUACCCAUCAUUCUUGAGAACUGUGCCAAGUGAUCUCUUUCAAGUUAGAGGUCUCGUAAGGCUUGUCACUUACUUCGGCUGGUUCUGGGUGGGCACAAUAGGAGCUACGGAUGACUACAGCCUUUAUGGCAUCCAAGCAUUCUCUAAUCAGUUUAGAAGGCAAGGUGGAUGUGUGGCAUUUCAUCUCUCUAUCCCAGCAUCACCCACAAUGGCUGAAAUACUAGAAAUGGCAGAUAAGCUGGAGAGUUCAACUGCUCGGGUUGUGGUGGUCAUUACUGCAGAAGUAGAUGUACUACAUCUGUUCUCAGAACUAGCUCAAAGGAAUAUAACAGGGAUACAGUGGAUAGCAAGUGAAGCCUGGGUGACCUCGAGCCGGCUGGCCUCACCUGACUUCCACUUUCUCCUGGAGGGAACACUGGGCUUCUCCUUCCCUGGAGUCAGCAUCCCUGGCUUGAAAGAGUUUCUUUUGAAUGUCCGACCCUCUCCCAAACCAGGAAUGGAAUUUAUCAAUAUGUUCUGGGAAGAGCAGUUUGGUUGUAAGCUGGAGUUUGAAAAUGCAGGUGCUGUGGCAAAACCUGUAUGCACAGGUUCAGAGGAUCUGAGACAGACUGACAGCAGUUAUAGCGAUGUAUCGCCGGUCAGAAUAUCCUAUAAUGUGUAUAAAGCUGUGUACGCUGUUGCCCAUGCUCUGCACACUUUCUUCAACUGUGACUCUGUGGGACAUAAUAGGGGGUUGUGUGAGAAACACAGUUCAUUUUCGAAUGGUCAGUUUCUUCAACAUCUGAAGAUGGUCAAUUUCACCAACCAGUUCAAUGAGAAAGUGUAUUUCGACUCCAAUGGAGAGCCAGUCCCUCUCUUUGACAUCAUUAACUGGCAGAAGGACAGCAAAGACAAAAUGAGAUUUAUCAAAGUUGGAAGCUAUGAUGGUUCAGCUCCCCAUGGCCAACAGUUGCAGAUAAUGAAGAACACUAUUGUAUGGACAAAAGGAGAGAGGCGGGUUCCUGUAUCUCAGUGUAGUGCUCCAUGUCCCCCUGGCAGCAGGCAGGCCACACGCCAAGGAGAGCCCAAAUGCUGCUUUGAUUGUUUGCCCUGUGCAGAUGGAGAGAUCAGCAACCAGACUGGUUCCACUGAUUGCAUAAAAUGUCCUGAAUACUACUGGUCAGACAAAGACAAGGUGAAAUGUGUUGCAGGGGAAGAAGAGUUCCUCUCUUUCUAUGAUGCCAUGGGUAUCAUCCUGGUUGCACUCACCCUGCUGGGAUUCAUCCUGACAUCCAUCAUCACCAUUGUGUUUCACAGUUUCCGCUAUACACCCAUCGUUAAGGCCAACAACUCAGAAAUAAGUUUCUUGCUUCUCCUGUCACUCAAGCUCUGUUUCCUGUGUUCUCUGGUGUUCAUCGGUCAGCCGUCUUGGUGGACAUGUAGGCUCCGCCAGGCAGCAUUUGGGAUCAGCUUUGUCCUGUGUUUGUCCUGCGUCCUUUUUAAGACCAUUGUGGUCCUCCUGGCUUUCCGGACUUAUGGACCUGGUUCCAGGGGUCGGAUGCUGUUUAGUACAGCUCAGCAGAGGAUUCUGAUCAUCUGUACGACAGCUCCUCAGAUUUGUCUCUGUACUGGCUGGGUGCUAGCCGCACCUCCGUUCCCAUUCAGGAAUCCAAACUACCAAGCUUCAACUGGAAGAAUUGUGGUGGAGUGUAAAGAGCCAUGGCCCCCUGGAUUCUACCUGCUCCUUGGUUACAUUGGCCUGCUCGCCUUUGCCUGUCUUGUCCUGGCAUUUCUUGGACGAAAACUACCAGACACGUUCAACGAAGCAAAGCUCAUCACCUUCAGCAUGCUGAUUUUCUGGGCUGUGUGGAUUUCUUUCAUUCCAGCUUAUGUCAGCUCUCCUGGAAAGUUCUCUGUGGCAGUGGAAAUAUUUGCUAUAUUAUCAUCCAGUUUUGGACUAUUACUAUGUAUUUUCAUCCCCAAAUGUUACAUUAUUUUACUACGACCCGAGAGAAAUAUCAAGAAAGGCAUGACUGGAAAAUAUUCAAGAUGA